CUGAAGUUCAAAGUCGCUUUUGAGAAGAUGGAGGCUGAAUAUAAACCAUACGAUUAUGACUACUUUAUGGAAUCAGUCAAUGGGAAAAAGAGGAUUGGACCACCAGUAAGACGUGAUUGGGAAGCAGUUGAUAGUCAAACCCGUGUAAUGAACAAGUUGUUGAUCGUAGCAAGUGUUUUUGACACUAGGAAGAAAAUGCAAUUUGCUAAACUCUGUUUUGAAAAGCUUUAUGGCAAAGACAACCUUGAGUUUGGUCUUCUUUCUGAAUCGAUCUCUGAUAUCUUGAAGAGUUUAUAUGAAGAGUACAAUGGUUUUGCUAGCAAUAAUAGUGGUAGUGGUGGGUCUGGUAGCUCUUCGCAAUCACAAGGAACAUCAUCUUCACAGUCACAGGAGCAAGUUAGAGCUGUAGUUUAUGAAACAAGGGUUUUCGGUAAUGGUUUUGGUUAUGAACGAAUGGAUAAUCUGCACGAAGAGCUUAUACAAGAAACAACAUCUCAAGAUUCAACUAAUGAGCUGGAGGUAUAUUUGGAAGAGAAAGUGGAGACCUCAAAAGGUAUUUUAGGUUCAGAUUAUGAUGUGUUAUCAUGGUGGAGGAGAAACAGUGUAAAGUUUCCUGUUCUAUCACAAGUAGCUCGGGACAUACUUACAAUUCAACUGAGCUCAGUCGCAUCAGAAUCUGCAUUUAGCACCAGUAGAAGAGUAUUAGAUCCACAGAGGAGCUGUUUGACACACUACAUGGUUGAAGUACUCAUGUGCACAAAGCAAUGGUUGAAGUGUGAAAUUCAUAUGAAUGAAAAAGGUGUGUUUACAAUUCAACAAAUGCUUUCAGAUAUUGAGUUACAAGAUGAUCUUAUGAGAGCAUGAUCCUGAUUUUAACUCACAAGGACAAUGAGCGUAAGAGAUCGUAAGAGUGAGGUAAAUAAUUCUAUACUUCACUU